CUCUGCCAACGCGCGCGUUCCCGAGAGUGCUCGGUAGAAAAUGGCGAGUCUGUGCAAGAGGCAGCAAUGUACGAUCGAGAGGCGAGGCUUUCGGCAGGAUCUUGAUUCGUGGCGGCAUAAACUCAUUCAUUGUGUAGGCUUUGAGAGCAUUCUAGAAGGGUUGUUUGGGUCGAGGUUGGUGGAGGACCUAACGUUAUUUAAAGGCAGUGAGCCCGAAGGCGGUACAGACUGGUCAUUUGACGAGAACUGCACGUUCUGCUGCGUAAGACGAGACAAAGUCAAGGAGCACUUAGUUGGCCUGAGCAACCAGCGGUUGGAGAGUGGGGCUGAACCCCUGCUGGUCAAAGACCAGACCAAGAUCAACAGACUUGAGAAACAAGUAGAGGAAUUUUUUAAUGCAGUCCUCUACAAAAAAGAUGUGCCCAGCUUCUCAGACCCGCACAUUCCAGGAGUGGCUCUGGACAUAAUGCAGAGGAUGAUCCGCCAGUUUGCUGCAGAAUAUACCUCAAAAAGUAGUUCCUCUACCCCGGACAGCCGCUCCACUCCCAGGCCUGGUCCCCACGCAGACCAAAGCCUGCCUCCUCCCCCCUCGCUGCCCACGGUGCCCCCAGCUGCCAGCCCUGGUGGUACUGCUACCCCCUCCGUACCCAGCCAGAACCCCGUCCUCUCCAAGCUGCUGAUGGCCGACCAGGACUUGCCUCUCGACCUCACUGUCAAGAAGCCUCUGCCACAGCCUGUAGAACAAGAUGGAGUCCUGGACCUGUCACUCAAAAAGGGACGGGCCAAAAGCAGCACACCAUCGCUCCGCAGCCCACAUCUUUCCCAGACGUCCACUCUUAAAGGGCGUUCCCUGAGUGCUGACGGACAGGCCGGGCUGCCUAUGUGGAGCCUGCAGGAUGGGAGGAGGGAGAAUUUCAGCCACUCUGUCCCUUUAAAGCCCCCCUUGCCUCUCUGUCACGCCCUGCACAUCAAACAGGAAGUGAACCUAUUUUCCAGCCCAGAGUUGUCUCCCAACCAGAACCAGAUGUCCAGACCCUUCGACCACCUCUCUCUCCUUUCCAGGUACGGUUCUCCGUCCUGGGCCUCCAAGACCCACUUCGGAGCCCUCCUGAAGCUCCGGGCCAACAGCAGAGCUGGAGACCACCUCAAAGAUCUACCCAGCUUGCUGGAGGCUGCAGGGCUCUUCACCAAGUCACCCUCCUGUGGGAAGGCAAUCAUCCAGGAGGCCCCCAGAGACCCGGGCCUCUCUCUUUCCCAUUCCCCGACUGUUGACCUCAAAAUCCCCCAGGUGAGAGGCCUUGGAGGCCUGGGGAUGGACUUCUGCUUGGGCUCCCUGAGCUCUGAUCCCUACAGACUCCCCAGCCACCACUGUGAGAACAGCCUGGGGAAGAAGCAGAGGUCCAUCCUGCCCAAACACAGCCGCCUGGGAAGCAGUGGAGGAGAGAGGGAGUACUGGGCUUCAUCCGAUGCCGAGCGCCCUGCCUCUGGGGGGCAGUAUCCUACCUCUGACCCCGAGGCAGACCUCAGCAACAUGCAUCUGAGGAAAAAGAGGGGACGAUACCGUCAGUACAACGCACAGCUGCUAGAGGAAGCUAUUGGAGUGGUGAUGGAGGGGAAGAUGAGCGUGUCCAAGGCUCAGACCGUCUACGGGAUCCCUCACAGCACGCUGGAGUAUAAAGUCAAGGAGCGCCUUGGCACCCUGAAACAUCCACCCAAGAAGAAGCUGAAGCUGAUGAGCCACAUGGAUGAACCGGAGGCCCCAGAGAGCCAAGAAGCUCUGUAUGCGACCAUGGACCUUCAGUCUGUGUCAGCAUCCGGAGAGAACGGCAGGCAGCUGCUCAGUACACGCCUCUCCCCAGACGAAUAUGAAUGUCUGGAGCUGACGACAGAAAAGGCCCGGGACCUGCAGUCCACCUCCACGCUGGAGGAGUUCAUGACCAAGCUGUGUCUGCACCACCAGAGGCAGAUUGUUGACGCUCUGGGCUUCCUACAGACAGAGGUUAAGGCUAUAUCCUCCUCCAGUACUUCGCUAGCUUCUGCCUCCAAACCCUCUUGCUCAGUGGAGCAUGGAGCCCUCCAGGGUCCUAGCCCUGCACCUUGCCUGCAGACCCCAGAGAGGGGGAGGACUGGUCACAAACUUCCCCUGGCUUCCACUCCAAAAGGAUCGACGGAGGGGCAAGAAAGGUUGGUAGCCCCAGAGCAGACUGCUGUGUUAAGAAAUGUGUCUGGGGCCGCUGGGCCGGCCUUGGAUCUCCGUAAACCUGGCCCAGGGGAGUCUAAGGCUUUGGCAACACUGUUCAGAAGCGCAGAUAACAGUGUGAGUAAACGUCUUAGUGACCAUGCUCCGCUAAAGAUCAAAAUCAUGAAGUCCAGCAGCCUGGCUGAUGGUAAAAAGCUAUCCUGUGUGCUCACCACCUCUCUUCCUGCUGGCGCCGGUACUUUGGAAGAAAUGCAGGGCAUUUCUGACUCCUCAACCAGAGCAGAUACUUACAGUGCUGGACAAGGCUCCUCUGUGAAAAGGCACGAUCAUGCUGAUCGCUCAACAAGACAAAGAGGCUCCAUUGAACAUACCAAAGACACGCUGGUCAAACAAAGUCCACCUGAAAAGACCCCCAACAACAUACCCCCAGUUUCCCCCGGGACAGCAAGGAAGACCAUAAAGGGGUCUUCCUACCACCGGCCUAGGGCCACUUCCUCAGUGUGUCGGUUUGUAACCGACCCUGAUCUCGGCCACUGCGACAUCGUCUACAUCGACAAACCAAUCACAGAGUGUUUCCGGGAACGGCAGCACCGUCUGCUCCCUCGACGCAACGCCAGGAAAAGCACCCGAGGUCACAUGUAUGUGGAAGAAAUGUGGGAGCUGAAGACUGUCCGUACAUUAGCCAAGACGUCUGCCCGCAAUGAUAGUGGCAACUGUCCUGCUCCAAUGCCAGAGCCCAUCACUCUGGUCACACCUAAACAGGUGCUUGGCAAGCCUGAGGGACUACCUCUUGUGGAUAUGCCUUUUGUUGGAGGUUUUGUGGAGACGGUCAGUCAGAAAACUCCUUCCGAGCUUCCAGCUGAAAGUGAGGUGUCGGGGGAUGUGGAGGCUGCAGCAGCAUCAGCCAGUGAGAUGGCACUGAUUGUUGAGACUAGUCAGACAGACCAGAGUCAGUGCAAAGAGCAGACUGCCCCUCCACCUCCUUCACAGAGUCCCCCGGUGGAUAACGAGCAGAGUACAGGGACGAACUCGGAGCAGCCAAGGCAGAGCGUAGCACCAGAGGAUAAUCUAGCUCAGACUGUGGUCGAGACACCAGAUCAGGAUUUAAACAGUAUACACAAUUACAUUGUUUUAAGUGAAAACCCAGAGCAGGUGGUGAUGGGGAAAGAUGUAAACUUAUUACAGGAUAAGACAUCAGAAGAAGCUGAGCUUGGCCAGGAUAUGCUGCAGGGUGUGCCAGAGGGCCAGAAAGUUGUCUCUGAAACCCAACAGGAAUCUGCAUCACUGACCCCUUCCCUGGAGAGCAAUGAAGACAAGGAGGUAGUGAGUGCAGUUGACAAAGAGGUAGUGGAUGCAGGUGCAGUUGACAAAGAGGUAGUGGGUGCAGGUGCAGUUGACAAAGAGGUAGUGGGUGCAGGUGCAGUUGACAAAGAGGUAGUGGGUGCAGGUGGUGCAGUUGACAAAGAGGUAGUGGGUGCAGGUGCAGUUGACAAAGAGCAGGCCAUGCCUCUGGAACCUCAAAUUUCAAUUGACCAGAAACCGUCUGAGGGCUCUGGAGGAGAAGGAAAUGCUGGCAUGGAGGUUCCCACGGAGAGUGAAAGGAUAGAGGUGCAGGAAACGGGCGAGGUUGAACCAGACUUGGCUCCAGGCGAUGGCGACAAUGUGCCUGAAGAGGAAAAGACACAUGUUGAUUCGUCCUCUAAAAAGGCCAGUAAGGCAGUUGAGAGAGAAUUGCCUCUCAGGCGUUCUGAAAAACAGGGUAUUCCAGCACGAGUGAUUCCUUCAAGGGUGAAGGAAGCUGCAGUGAUUGAUACAGAGAGUAUGAUUAUAUGUGGAUAUGUGAAUGGUAGACCUAUUGGACAUUCUGACAGAUGUUUGCGUGAACGGCCAGCCAGAACCACCCCAGAGUCUACUCCAACUAAGACUAAACGCCCCACUAAGGCGUCUCUGAAACAGACUGAGAACCCUUCUGAGAACACGGCUGAGAUUCCACAAGUCUCACCUGAGACUCCUCUCACCCCGAUCCCUGCUGGGGAAAGCGUCAAAAGCCCUUUGUCGAAGCGCCUCACCAAGGCCUCCCUGAAACAAUCUGAGAAAUAUUCUGAGAACAUGCCAGAGGUUCCUCAAGUCUCACUCCCUUCAGCCGAAGUGAUCAAAAGCCCUGUGUCCAUACGGCCCAAAAGAACCCCUCAAGCUAAAAUCACUCAGAACCUGCCUGACACACAGACCCCUGCUGAAGCAAGCCAGAACAUGUCUGACACAAGGACCCCUAUUGCCCCUAUAACAGCAAGCCAGAGCAUUCCUGACACUCCUCAAGUCCCAGACACACCAGUCAACUCCUCCAGGAGACCUGAGUCCAGACAACCCCUCAGAUCUGCCAGACUGCAACAGGCAGCAGCUGUUGCCUCCCCUCUCGUCCCUGACGCCUCACCUCUCGUCCCUGACGCCUCACCUCUCAUCCCUGACGUCUCCCCUCUCGUCCCUGACGCCUCCCCUCUCAUCCGUGACGCCUCCCCUCUCGUCCCUGACGCCUCCCCUCUCGUCCCUGACGCCUCCCCUCUCGUCCCUGACGCCUCCCCUCUCGUCCCUGACGCCUCCCCUCUCGUCCCUGACGCCUCCCCUCUCGUCCCUGACGCCUCCCCUCUCGUCCCUGACGCCUCCCCUCUCGUCCCUGUCGCCUCCCCUCUCGUCCCUGUCGCCUCCCCUCUCGUCCCUGUCGCCUCCCCUCUCGCCCCUGUCGCCUCCCCUCUCGUCCCUGUCGCCUCCCCUCUCGUCCCUGUCGCCUCCCCUCUCGUCCCUGUCGCCUCCCCUCUCGUCCCUGUCGCCUCCCCUCUCGCCCCUGUCGCCCCCUCUCGCCCCUGUCGCCCCCCCUCUCGUCCCUGUCGCCUCCCCUGUCCACGUCCCUGUCGCCGUCCCUGAAGCUCCCCUCUCGUCCCUGUCGCCUCCCCUUCUGUUGAAGGGGCUGUUACUUUCAUUGUUGCCCCAGAACCGUCUACCUCCCUCCCACUCCCCUCCACUGCGCUCAACCCUCCCCUCCCCAUUGCCUAUCCUCUUCUUCCUAUUGUCUCCCAUCUCUUCCCUUCAUCUCAUCAAAACAGUGCAGUCACCCAGAGCUCUGCAGAGCUGAAAGUUCAAAAAGCUCAGCCAGCUCCAAAUGCCAAACCCAGCGAGACAGAGAAAACAGCAGAGGAAACUAGGGUGCAAACUAGACCGAAGCUCAGGUCGUCAAUGAUGGUAGCAAAGGAAGUUGAAAUUGUUGAGAGUCAGCAAGUUAGCAGUGAGGAUUCUGCUCUAACAGAGGGUACAAUCAUUAAAAAGAGUGAGGCCCACACACAAAGUAGUCCACUAAGAAGCAAAAGAACUCUCAAAAAGGAUGGAGAAUCAAGAAAAUUGACUUUGCUGAAAAACUCAGAGGAACCUACUUUGCAAAAGAAGCCAGAGGCACCAACUUUAAUGGAUAACAAAACUUCAUCUGAAUGUUCCAGUAGGUCUUCCGUCAGCAGUGCUUCAGACAAACCUGGGCGAAUGCCAUUGAGGAGUGAGAGUAGUAAAACGGACGUGGCCAGCCAGUCCAUUACCCUGGCAACCCCACCGACCCCAGUGGAGAACAGAAAGUCAGCUUUGAGGGCCCAGAGGUCGCCCACACCCUCGACCAGUACUCCAAUCACAGCUGCGAAAUGGAGUGAAGUGGCAUCUCCCAUUAGGCUGAAAUCCCCAGUGAGACUCCCAUCACCAAUCAGGUUCAAAUCAGAGAGGAUCAUCAAGUCUCCAUUGAGGGAAUCACCUUUGCUGGACAGUUCCCCUCUGCCCUCCAGCUCAGUCACUCCUCUCCUCCUGCCCAAGCUGGAGCUUCCAGUACAGACUCGACACAAGUUCCUGGAGUUACUGGAUGUAGUGGAAAACCAACAGAAAAUCUCCUCCCUGAACACCAGGUUCGAUAAGAUGCAAAGAGGCUGGGUCCAGAUGGACAAAGAGGGACAUCCAACGCCAAGACACAAAAAUAAGGCAGACAGACAGGCAGCGAUAUGGAAGAGUAAGCGCAGGGUUCGCAAGCCCAAGUCUUCGGAUCAUCAGAGGUACUCGCUAGUUCAAAUGCUUUUCAAGAACGAUUUGGACCUAGCCAGCAUUUGCCACUGGUACAUGGAGUCAACAGAAACCCAAUCGCUGGUCAUCGUAAAGAAGGUGAACACGCGUCUUCCCUCUGAGACCCAGCUGCUCUUCCCCGGUAUGUCCCAAAGGCCAUCUCAAGGGGUCUUCCCUAGCCUUCAAGCCGAGCGCUUGAAGAAACACUUGAAGAAGUUUGCCAUGGCUUCCCCUGUGAAGAGCAACCCUAAGAGUCAGAAGCUGAUUGCUAAAGCCCUGGAGCAGGAGGUCAGUACAAGUAUGCCCAAAGGGAAGGAAAAGAGAGAGCUGACUACAGCUACCCGGAUCUCCACCAAAGCCUAUGUUUCCUCUGCAGAGGCACAGGUACAGCCAGCCGAUGGCCAGAAGGCCUCAGCGAAGGCCAAGAACCCAGCCAGCGCCCGGAUCCUGAGGAAGUACUCCAAUAUAAGGGAGAAGAUGCAAGGUCAACAGAGCUCCAAGAAUCCGAAAGGGGCCCCAAGAAAAGAGCUUGAAGUUUCCAAAGUCAAACCCUCUAAAACCCCAAAUAAAAAAUUGGCAAAACCGUCAAAAUUGAAACCGGCCAUUUCCCAGAGGCAGAAAUUAUCAGUUUCUGGUGAUAAAAGUGUAAAGCAGACAAGUGUAGUAAAAACAGAGCGAGCACAGCCAUCUCCUAGUAGAAAGCCUCCAGUAAAAGCUGCUGUCCUGGAGAGAUCAGUCAAGAUCAGCAGAAGCAGUAGAACCUUAAGAGAUCUCAGUAGGAAAGAGAGUGCAUCACCACAGAGGUCUCCCCAAAGAGUAAUGACUCCAAAAGCACAGAAAAACACCCCUGUUUCUGCCACCGUCCCCAAGACAGACUUUGACAAGCAGCAGGUUGGAGCAGAGAAGGCAGUGGUGGAUAAGACUAUGGCAACAAAAGGUCAAACAAAGAGACCCUCUCAAAGUAGAGUCUUUGAGACUAAAGUCACUGAAAGUAAAGGUACUGAGCGCAAUGGCGCUGAAAGUGCUGCAGAGACUCCUCAACAGAACAUGGACGUCAAAACACCAGGUUCUCCUGACCAGGUUCUCACUAGGUCACAGAGGAAGAUGGAGGCCACUCCACCCCCCUCCGUCCCUCAUAGUGCAAGCCCUAAGCCUGCCACUAAGAAAGCAAAUGAACCUGCUCAGAGUGGAACUCCUAAGGGUGCCACAAAGAGAGCUCUGGAGCCUACACAUACUGUUAGUACAAGCCCUAAGCCUGCCAUAAAGAGAGCCAGUGAACCUGCUCAGAGUGGAACUCCUAAGGGUGCCACAAAGAGAGCUCUGGAGCCUACACAUACUGUUAGUACAAGCCCUAAGCCUGCCAUAAAGAGAGCCAGUGAACCUGCUCAGAGUGGAACUCCUAAGGGUGCCACAAAGAGAGCUCUGGAGCCUACACAUACUGUUAGUACAAGCCCUAAGCCUGCCAUAAAGAGAGCCAGUGAACCUGCUCAGAGCGGAACUCCUAAAGGUGCCACAAAGAGAAGCCAGGAGAGCCCACAGACACCAGCCAAGCGCACCAGGACAUCCCUACAGAAAUAAAGCUUGUGUGCAGACAUGGACUGUAACAGCCAAUCUGACGACAUUUAGUUGUUUUGUUUUUUCUGGAAUAUAAUAGAAAGGACUGGUAGUAUCUAUUUUUGUGUGUACUUCCCAAGCGGUGUUGGUAAAUGAUCGUUUGGAAGGAGAUCGACAUGCUGAAGAAAGAGGAAAAAUAGUGCUUUUGUCUUGUUUAGUGUUGUCUAACUGGCCUGGAAAUGUAUCUUAUUAUAAGGGUAUAUCUGCAUUGUAAACAUGUAAGACAUUUUAUUUUGGGGUUUGAUGCAGAGCUGAUUAGUUAUUCAGACUACAGCAUGCCAGGUCCUCCACCUUUGUUUGUCCAAGUUUUUUAUAUCCCAUAGUGUCUAUUCCACGGUUUGAAAAAUAGGGAGGUUUACUGGCAUGAAAACAUCAGCACCAUGUUGCUACGAAAUAAAUGAUGAUGUUCUCUGACUGUAGCACAGCUCAGGUUUCACUGAACAUUCUCUUGGAACUAUAGCCUAUAUUCAUCAAUGUCUCCCGCCCAUCUCGCAAUCAAGGAGUUUGUGACUUUGUGAUCAGGUGCCUUAUUUAUCAGAUGUAGAGUAAUGUGUUGACAACAGGUGAAGACUCAGUUCUCUGGCCAUUGCACAGACACAUGUACUGUAGGAAGAGUGAGAAAGGGAGCUUUCUAGAUAUGGAUUUGGUGCAGGUCAGCGCACGUUGUCAUGUUGGGGUCCUUCACAGGUUAAACUCUUCUCCGGUUAUCUUGUAGAUCUGGUCAUUUGUUCAAGACCUGCACCAUAUUUGUGGAUUUGUGUGUCUUAAUGCACAACUUCCCUCCAUGUUCCCGAGUCUCCUCCGUCUUCCUGCUAUAUAAACCACCAUCAUGGGUUGUUAUUCCCAUGAGUUCUCUUUUAAUGUCUUUUUGUUUUUAGAUCCUGGGGAUAUUUCUUUUCAGAGAUGUAGCCUUAUAACUGAUGUUAUGGUAGCUUUGUUUAACUUACAAAUACUGUCUGAGUUAACAAAGGAGGGGUUUUUUUCCGUUGCAAUGCGUGUGAGAUAUUUACACCUGCCUUGUUAUGUUGUAACUCUGAUCCAGUCCUUCUUGUCUUAUUUGAUUCCCGUUAAAGUUGAAUGGUCUGGUGUGGUCAUUACCUGCUUAUUGCAUGCUGGAGCUGCCUGUAGCAUUUACAUUUAGCAAAAUUCUUGUUGAGCCUUUUCACCUUGUUUUUUUUUCUGAACUAGCAUUUGUUUCCGAAACUUCUUUAACUAAGACUAUGCAUGCACGUUACCGUGGCAUUCUGUGUGCUGAACUGUAUGAGCAUUAACAACUGAAGAUAUGGACCCUUGGAAGACGUGUCAUUGGUCAGCUAUUUUGGAAGGGGGUUAGCUGUUUGAGAGCAGAUACCAGGGAUGACGCUACAUGGAGCCACACGUUGUAUCUAAUGUUGGCUGUAUAUGUUUUUCCUGUGCUAUAUGGUAGUUUGCCUUUUAUUUGUACAAUAUUGCCGUAUACUGACCCCUGUUGGCCAUAUGAGAACUGUUGAAGAAAAUGCUUCAACUUUUCAUAUCUUUGUAUGAUCAGUAAGUAUUAUACUGAACAAGAAUAUAAACGCAACAUGCAACCAUUUCACAGAUUUUACUGAGUUUACAGUUCAUAUAAGGACAUUUAAAUAAAUACAUUGAAGACAAAUUUGUGCACAAAAUUUGAGAAAUAUGCUUUUAGUGCAUAUGGAAACAUUCUGGGAUCUUUUAUUUCAGUUCAUGAAACAUGGGACCAACUCUUUACAUAUUGCGUUCAUAUUUUUUUCAGUAUAUACUACCGGUCAAAAGCUUUAGAACACCUACUCAUUCAAGGGUUUUUCUUUAUUUGUACUAUUUUCUACAUUGUAAAAUAAUAGUGAAGACAUCAAAACUAUGAAAUAACACACAUGGAAUCAUGUAAUAACCAAAAGUGUUAAACAAAUCAAAAUAUAAUUUAUAUUCUUCAUAUAGCUACCCUUUGCACACUCUUGGCAUUCUCUCAACCAACAUCACCUGGAAUGUUUUUCCAACAGUCUUGAAGGAGUUCCCACAUAUGCUGAGCACUUGUUGGCUGCUUUUCUUUCACUCUGCGGUCCAACUAAUCACAAACCAUCUCAAUUGGGGUGAGGUCAGGUGAUUCUGGAGGCCAGGUCAUCUGAUGCAGCGCACCAUCACUCUCCUUCUUGGUAAAAUAGGCCUUACACAGCCUGUAGGUGUGUUGGGUCAUUGUCCUGUUGAAAAACAAAUGAUAGUCCCACUAAGCCCAAACCAGAUGGGAUGGCGUAUUGCUGCAGAAUGCUGUGGUAGCCAUGCUGGUUAAGUGUGCCUUGAGUUCUAAAUAAAUCACAGACCGUGUCACCAGCAAAGCACCAUCUCACCACCUCCUCCAUGAUUCAUGGUGGGAAAUACACAUUCUGAGAUCAUCUGUUCACUCACAAAGAUACAGCGGUUGGAACCAAAAAUCUCCAAAGGACAAAUUUCCACCGGUCUAAUGUCCAUUGCUCGUGUUUCUUGGCCCAAGCAAGUCUUCUUCUUAUUGGUGUCCUUUAGUAGUAGUUUCUUUGCAGCAAUUUGACCAUGAAGGCCUGAUACACACAGUCUCCUCUGAACAGUUGGUGUUGAGAUGUGUCUGUUACUUGAGCUCUGUGAAGCAUUUAUUUGGGCUGCAAUUUCUGAGGCUGGUAACUCUGGGUCUUCCAUUCCUGUGGCGGUCCUCAUGAGAGACAGUUUCAUCAUAGCGCUUGAUUGUUUUUGCGACUGCAUUUGAAGAAACUUUCAAAGUCCUUGCAAUUUUCCGUUUUUGACUGACCUUCAUAUCUUAAAGUAAUGAUGGACUGUCAUUUCUCUUUUCUUAUUUGAGCUGUUCUUGCCAUAAUAUGGACUCUUUUACCAAAUAGGGCUAUCUUCUGUAUACCCACCCUACCUUUUCACAACACUACUCACACGCAUUCAGAAGGAAAGAAAAUCCACAAAUUAACCUUUAAGAAGACACACCUGUUAAUUUAGGUGCAUUCCAGGUGACUAUCUCAUGAAGCUGGUUGAGAGAAUGCCUAAAUUGUGCAAAGCUGUCAUCAAGGCAAAUGUUGGCUAUUUGAAGAAUCUCAAAUAUAAAAUAUAUUUUGAUUUGUUUAACACUUUUUUUGGUUACUACAUGAUUCCACAUGUGUUAUUUCAUAUGAUGUCUUCACUAUUAUUCUACAAUGUAGAAAAUAGUAAAAAUUAAGAAAAACCCUUGAAAUGAGUAGGUGUUCUAAAACGUUUGACUGAUAGUGUUUAUCCCACUGUUAUAGAAAUAGCUUGUCUGCCAUGUAUUAUUUGUAGUUGUCAGAUUGUGUUGAUAUUUUGCUUCAGGAAGAUGUUCUCUUGGUGUGACACUUCUGUACUCCAGCAAUAGUUUGACCUCCAUUUGUCUACGUCAAUAGAAAGAAGACACAUUUUAGCACAGUGUUAUUUUUAUCAUGGUUAUUUCACCUAUUCAUCAUUUGUAAAUGCAAAAAGCUAUAAUUCAUGUUUUAUAUUGUUAUUUAAGAAAUCCCUAUAGGUAAAUACAUACAGUAGACCUAAAUUAAGCAACCCACCAAAUAUCAAACUUGAACAUGUUUUAUUCUUCUUUACUGUGGAUAUUUAUAGUUUUUGAUUUUGUAUAUUGGAAAAUAAAUAACUGAUUUAUGUGUUAAUCCCAAUAAUGAGACGUCUUAAGUUGAUGACGCUGUAUUUUUGCUGGACUCGAUAAAAAAGUGUUUGAGUUGUA